GGUACGUCUUCUCCUACCUCCCGCGCUCCAUAGCCAACUUCCUUCUUCUCUCUCGCCACUAAGAAAAAGGACUUUUUUUAUUCCCUCUAGACCUCUUGUUUUGUCGUAUAUUUACACGUUGCUCCGAUCUUUGUUGAAUCUGUCUUUUUUUUCUCGAUUUGUGUGCUUUAAGAUCCGUGAUUCGGGAGGACGAGCAGCGAAGUUAUGGCUUUGGUUUUGCAUUCUGGCAUGCCAAACAAAAAUGCUUUUAAGGGCCUCAUUGCUGCAGAAUACAAUGGUGUAAAGAUUGAAGUUGUAAAGAAUUUUGAAAUGGGUGUCUCAAACAAAACCCCCGAAUUUCUCAAGAUGAACCCAAUGGGAAAGGUUCCUGUGUUGGAAACAUCUGAUGGACCUGUUUUUGAGAGCAAUGCAAUUGCUCGAUAUGUUACUCGAUUAAAACCUGAUAGUCCUCUCUAUGGUUCUUCAUUGAUAGAAUAUGCUCAAAUUGAGCAAUGGAUUGAUCUCUCAGUCACUGAGAUUGAUUCCAAUAUUGCGCGGUGGUUUUACCCUAGAUUGGGAUUUGUUCCUUAUGACGCGCAGUCCGAGGAACGUGCCAUUACUUGCUUGAAGAGGGCAUUAGGUGCUCUGAAUACUCAUCUCGCUACGAAAACUUUUCUCGUCGGCCAUACUGUCACAUUAGCCGACAUAAUCAUGGUUUGCAACUUGAGUCAUGGAUUUUCUCGGAUCAUGACAAAGAGUUUUACGUCGGAGUUUCCUUAUGUUGAAAGAUAUUUUUGGACUCUCGUCAACCAGCCUAAUUUUCUCAAAGUUAUGGGCGAGUUAAAGCAGGUAGAUUCGAUCCCCACGAUCCAAUCUAAGAAACCGGCCAGUCAGCCCAAGGAACCGGCGAAGGCGAAGGAGAUGAAUAAAGAAAUUAAGAAAGAAGUGUUGAUGCCUAAAGUAGAAGAAAGUUUUGGGAAGGAGGAGGCACCUAAGCCCAAGGCUAAAAAUCCUUUGGACCUGUUACCUCCAAGUAAGAUGAUACUAGAUGAGUGGAAAAGGUUGUACUCUAAUACAAAGACUAACUUCCGUGAAGUUGCCAUUAAAGGAUUCUGGGACAUGUAUGAUCCAGAGGGUUACUCCCUCUGGUUCUGCAAUUACAAGUAUAACGACGAGAACACCGUCUCCUUCGUCACCCUGAACAAGGUGGGCGGUUUUCUGCAACGAAUGGACCUUGCCCGCAAGUACGCCUUCGGCAAGAUGCUUGUGAUAGGAUCCGAGCCGCCGUAUAAAGUCAAAGGGCUGUGGCUCUUCCGAGGGAACCAGAUUCCUCAAUUUGUUCUUGAUGAAUGUUAUGAUAUGGAGCUUUAUGAGUGGAUUAAAGUGGACAUGGAUGAUGAAGCUCAGAAGGAAAGAAGAGUGAAUGCCAUGAUUGAGGAUCAGGAGCCCUUUGAAGGGGAAGCCAUUUUGGAUGCCAAGUGUUUUAAGUAGAUUUAUGUUCAAGAUUUGAACUUUUUUCUUAUUACAGAUUUAUCAGUCAAUUAGACUUUGAAAUUUGUCCAGUUUUGCAGAGUAUGAAUGAGAUUUUCUUACAGUUUGCACCCUGUUGUAUGUUAUUGGAACCAUGCUU